CUAUCAAAUAAAAAAAGAAAAAUUUAAAUUCCAAUCUGGGUUUUUCCCCAUAUCUAAAUCUAUCUUCUUCUCUGUGUUGUUGGUCUUUGUGGGUUUUCAAAACCUUGAAUUUUCUUCAUUUCUUCAUUUUAUUUUUAGCUUACCCCCCUCUGUUUUCACUUUGGCAUCUUUCUCUUCUCUUUUGUAGUUGUAAUGGGUUUUUUCUUUCUUCUUUUACCUAUUUGGUAAAAUUUCUAAUAUUCCUUUUUAAGUCUUUCCAUUUUUAGCUUCUUAAAGAACAAUAUGUUUUUCUCCAAGUGCUGAACAAGAUUUUGAUUGUGCGCUUUGUUUUGUGGUGGUCUUUCCAGUCACUCUUCUUACCUUAACGUACAAAUAUACAUAUAAAUAUUUUUCUGGUUCUCCUGCAGUCUGUUCAGGUGCAGAAAUGGUGAGAGGGAAGACUCAGAUGAGGCGGAUUGAGAAUGCAACAAGCCGUCAAGUGACAUUCUCAAAGCGGAGAAAUGGGUUGCUGAAGAAGGCCUUUGAGCUUUCAGUUCUUUGUGAUGCUGAGGUUGCUCUAAUAAUCUUCUCUCCUAGAGGGAAGCUCUAUGAAUUUGCUAGCUCAAGCAUGCAGGCUACAAUUGAACGUUACAGGAGGCAUACAAAAGACAAUCAAAUCAACAACAAAUCCGUUAUUGAGCAAAAUAUGCAGCAUUUGAAGCAUGAAACGGCUAACAUGAUGAAGAAGAUAGAGCUUCUUGAAGUUUCAAAGAGGAAACUCUUGGGAGAGGGUCUGGGAGCAUGCUCCAUUGAAGAACUACAACAAAUAGAGCAACAGUUGGAGAGAAGCGUAAGCAGCAUCCGAGCAAGAAAGACUCAGGUCUUCAAGGAACAGAUUGAGCAACUGAAAGAAAAGGAAAAAGUCCUCGCAGCUGAAAAUGCAAGGCUAUGUGAGAAGUGUGGUGCUCAAUCAGUGCAGCCACUGAAUGGGCAAAGAGAAAACUUGGGCUAUCCAGAAAGUUGUCUGAGUUCGGAUGUUGAGACCGACUUGUUCAUUGGACCACCAGAAAGGAGAGCAAAGCGCUUACCUGCACAGAAUUGAUGGAAAGGACAAUAUAGUAAUGGUGUUCGGUUCUGAACUGUUUACAUAUUUCUGUAUUAGAUUUCUGCACUACUAAAUUAAUUUCACUUCUGCAAGAAUAAUACCGACCGCAGUAAGAGUAUUAAUUUCUAUGUUGUAACUUGUGAUGAUUUAUUAUGACAAGAAAAAAACGCACUAUUGAGUAUUAUAAUAUCUUGUAAUAUAAUGCCAUUUUUAUUGAAAA